CAUCAGUUAGUAAAACGUGUGCGUCGCCGCCAAUGGUAGAAUCUAGUCGAUAUAUUGUGACAGAUGACACUGUGCUUCGAUAGAAAUAAACAGAAUAAUUAUACCAAAACAGAAAAAUGAUGAUGAGUGAAACGUCCACAAACAUUCAUUCCAUUUGGCUGGAUGCUUGCGAUGUCGAGCUUCUUAAUAAGAAGAGGAUGCACAUCAAGCUCGAUGCGUACAAAGAUAGGUAUUUUCGUAACAGUACGCUACUAGCAAACAAAAACAAACAACUAGAUAAAGCGAGGGAAGAUCUCGAGGAUCUGACAAAGAAGUAUAACGAUUUGAAAUUCGAAGCGGAAUGCGAAAAGCGUACAAAUAAAAUGAUGUAUUCCAAAAUGAAGUCAUAUCAAGAGGCCAAUCUUGUGAUGGAAAGUAAGCUAAAGGCGUGUAUCGAAGCUAAAGCAGAAUCAGCAGCCAAUUACGAGGAUAUAUAUUUAGAAAAUAAAUCCAUUAAAGAAAUGUUACUCAAGCUUGAACAUGAAAAGCGCGAAUUAAACCAAACCGUCGAAGAUCUAAGUGCCAAAGACAUUUACCAUAAUUUAUACAAAACAGACUUAAUCAAGCAACACGAAAAAACGAAGCAACUAUUAAGUUCUUUACAAGAAAACAUGGAGAAACUGAACCAAGAACAUGCAUCUCUUGAAAAUAUAUCGGAACGUACGAAAGAGAACUUCCUAAAAUUGCAUUCAAUUGCUUUUGUUGAACAAAAGUUGCAAGAAGUUAUUAACGAAAAGAUACAAAUAGAGAAUCGUAUGAUGUAUUAUAAAGGAAAAUGCGAUCAGAUGGAGCAUCUACUAGAUCGUUCGGACUUUUCCCCGAUUGAGAAAAAGUGUGAAUACUUUUUUAGAGAGUGGAAAAAAGGCGUUGAGUCGCAGAAAGUUCAAGCAACUAUGCAUAGAAACAUGGUAAAAUCGUUGAUGGAUAAUUUAAGUAAGGAGCAGGCAAUCAACGCAAAUUUGAUUAUCCAACAACGAAACAAAGAUGAGAUUAUCGAAUCCCUAGAAAGGAAUGUCGCUGAAUUGCAGUUACAACAAGAUAUGUCUGUGUUAUAUGUCAAAGAAGAGACGGACGCUAUAUAUGAAAAAUGUGGAGAAUAAUAAAAUAGUUAUAGUUAAUAUAGUAAUAUUAAGAUAAAU